UCAGAGUAUUCGCAGCACAUCAGUUGCUUCGUUCGGAAUGCUUCUUAAAUGAGACGGAUGGAUGGAUAAAUCACUAAGUUUGAAGUGAGACUCUGGAUUAUGCAUCAUGGUCCGUACAAUCCGAGUCUGCUAUCUCUUCCUCAACGUCCUCAUCCUCAUAUCACUGGCAAUGAUCAUAAUGCUUAUUGAGAUGGACAUAGUCCCACCCCAGUUCUCCACAAGAUACUCCAACCGGCAAGCGGACGUACAUCCCUUCAUGUUUCCAUCACGCUAUGGCGUGUAUGACAACACUUCAGACGACGGCUCAAGUAGAAGCAAGACACCAAAGAUAUACCAGAGUGACAACGAUACGUUCUUGCCCUACGUGUCUCAGGCAAUGAGGAAUCAAUAUGGUGGGUUUCAAAGAGUCGGUGGCAUGCCGGAAGUGUUUGUGUAUUCUGCGACCUUUGACCGUCGCGUUGCGCCACCUGGGAUAAAAGCAGUGGUUAUCUCCCCUGUCAAAUUGCCGACGUUGACGUUUCACUGCGUGUUCACGUCGCCAACAUCCAGUGCGUUCCAUGUCAAUGGGGACUUCAAGCUGAUUCCUGAGCCGAAAUGGAAUUACACUUACAGAUCGGGUGUCGUCACCUGCCCUCUACCACGUGGGGUUCGACCCAAGACGGUGUCCCUGGUUGCACCAGGAGUCCAGGAAGUCCUCAAUGUGCUGCCCAUCCGCUACCCCCCACGCCGCCCGACAAACAACCUGACUCGCUGCUACCCAGCUUUCCACAGCACAUACAACGAUGUUUCCAACUUGAUAUCCAACAUAGAAAUCAGCCGAGUGUUUGGUGUGGAGAAAUUUGUGUUUUACAACUAUGACAUGAAUGGCACAGUAAGUCAGAUCUUGAACCAGUACCAACUAGAGGGCAUCGUGGAGGUGAGAAACUGGUACCUUCCCAUACCCCACGAGUCGAUACACUACUGGGGCCAGCUGGCGGUGAUACACGACUGUCUCUUCAGCCAAACGGGUCUGUCCAGAUUUGUCCUCUUUGCUGAUGUCGAUGAAUUUGUCAUACCCAGGAAGACGACAUCCAUCAUUCAUCUCGCAGAGUCUCUCCUGUUUGACGAUAGCUUCACGGGUAAAUUCUUCGGCGCUCUGGCUUUCAGGAACGUGUUUUUUCCAGCAAUCCUCCCUGAAACAAAACAGAUCUUCCCCCAGAAGUAUGCAGCACGGGCGUUCAACAUCUUCCCCCUCCUCCACUUAACCCAUGCACAAGUCCACCAGGCGUAUUAUCGGUCGAAGGUCCUCGUUAUUCCUGAAGCCAUUGAGUUCCUCUGGAUCCACUCGGUGGAGAAGUUCAAAGAGAAGUGGAUUCCCAGGGUGGUUGACGGGGACGUCGCUCUGCUCCACCACUACCGCUACGUCCCCUCCCCCGACAUGAAGCAUCCCUGGGAUGAUGACUGCCUUCUACUCCGCUACAGCUCGGUUAUUGUGUCAGCUGUUCGGAGGCGGUAUUCUAGGUUAACUAAACUGGGCAUAUUGUAAUGUCAUAUUGGGUAAUGUACAAAUAAAGAUUAUAUUCGUGUUUGAAUCUCUCAAUACA